CUUUUGCUUACAUUACCUUUAGUGGUCUCAUGAUACUAAACUCUUUCCUGGUUUCUGCCAAAUUUUCACAAACUACUUGGCAAUUAUUAGCCUUGACAGGAACUAUUAGAACAAUCUAUCUCUUGUCCGCAUUGAAGUCAACGAGUGGAGAAAGGUAGAACAGGAGAACUCAAGGAAACAGGUCAUCAUGUGCACGGGAAAGUGUGCUAAAUGCACCGGAGACCUUCUCUUUCCACUCGGUCUCUUAGCCAUAGUUGGAAACAUCUUACUGUUUUUUCCCAAUGGUGAAGUGUGGAGGACCGAGGAAAUCACAGAAAAGAUCUGGUUCUUUCCCGGGGUCAUCGGGGGAGGACUGUUGGUGUUUCUGCCGGCUUCAGUGAUAAGGGCUGCAGGGCUUGAGGGGAACUGCUGUGCAAACAGAUGUGGGAUGAUGCUGUCCAUGCUGAUGUCUGUGCUGGGUGCAGCUGGAGCGCUGUACUGCAUGAUCGUCUCUGUCGUCGGCCUGCAGGACGGCCCUCUGUGUGACACGGGAGACGGGAUCUUUAUCUACCCGUUCUUAAACAGGACUACAGAAGAGAGUUACCUGUUUAAUCAGACAUUAUGGAUAGAGUGUGAGAGACCGCAGAAUGUGGUGCUGUGGAACGUGGUCCUGUUUUCAAUUCUGUUGAGCAUCGGUACCCUGGAGGCUGUGCUUUUACUGGCACAGGUAGUCAACGGACUGAUCGGAUGUCUCUGUGGGACGUGCAUGAACCAGAAUCAGGCGCAGUUGGAAUGAAAACCAAAGAACACACUCCAGUAUGUGGGAUCUGCACAGUAAUACAGUAGAACACAAUCUACACAGAUCUACACAAACACACGUGUGAAGUCUACUAAGGUUUCACUAGAUUCAGAUGAAAGUAUAAUUUCCAGUUGUUGUGAAUGAUGCCCUUACCUUCGAUAAAUGAAGCCUUUGACACAGGUAAUUAAUUUGUCAAACAAACAGCAAAAACUGCAGUAAAUAUUUGCAAAAAAAAAAAAAAAUGGUACCAUAACAUCAUAGAUUUUUCACUGUUGUGACAACAUCAACAUUCAGCACACACAA